CACAUAGACUCGUCAUUGACUCCUCGUGGGUAGCAAGGAUCGCCAGCACUAAGACGGAUCCGCUUUACAAGCAACCGUCUAAUUCAUGCAGACUGCAAUGCCCCGUACUCGAGCUUGGGGAAACCUAGUGGCGAGUCGCAGCGGCCAACGAUGCCCGGCUUCCCAUCACCCAAUUCGUCGAUGGUUGACAAGAAAUAAACCAAAUCGAAGUCCAUUCGUAACCACAGCUUCUCUCGUGCCCACAAAUUGUAUGCAUGUUCAUACGCGAAACGUUCAAUACUUUUCUACUGGGAAGUCAAGUGAUCCCACAAAAAACUGGCGCUUUGAUCAGAGAAACAUGAGAAAUCGUCGCGUGUCCAAGAAGGAUAGUGAACAAUUUGCCAAGGCCAAUCAAAAAGCCCACCAAAAGAGCAACAAACCUCCCAACGUCUUUAUUAGGGAGCUAAUGAGAGACAUCAACAAUCUCCAAAAAAGACUGGACAAUUUAGAUUCUCUUCCGGCAAUCUGGGACAGGUCGACGCGCUCAAAGCUUUACGAUACAAAUUCUCAAGAACAGCGCCUUGCGGUGUUGAACGAAGGACGUCAGCUAUUGGAAACGAUUCGUCUUGCGGUUGAAAAAGGCACGUUAAAGCCUUUGGAAGACCACGGUCACGAGACGUCUGUAUUGAUGGAAAGAAUUCUCAAGCUGUACAGUGAAACCCCGUCCACAACCGAUACGCAUUCAUCGUUUGACGAAUGCCAAACCGUGCUUUCUGUAAUGGAUGCUUGGAAGAUUGAUCGGCAACAUCUGCACGUUGUGUAUUCUAUUACGGCUGCUACACGGGAAGGGCGGUGGGAGGACGCUUCCAACUUAUUCUGGAGUCACAUAGACCCAGAGGACUCGGGCUACCGACCAUAUGAUGAAGACGUUGCCAAUCCCGUUGGUCUUUACGCAGUUGCACGGUUUGCUCAAGAACGCAACAUGCCCGUUAUAGAACCUGUCAUGGAUAGUGUGUUGCGUAUGACUAUGGUAUCGCCGUUUGAUCAAGACAAAUAUUUGCUUGCCGCGGGAACUGCAAUUGGCCAUGUUGGUGAAUGGGAGGCAUUUAUCAAAUACUUAAAAAAUAGCUUCGAUGCAAGUCGGCUUGGACAGCCCCUCGUGGCUGCUGUCAUGAAGGCUUGCAUUGCAAACGACUCCUCACAGCAGGCAAUGGAAAUAUUCGAUGAGUUCGUGGUCUCUAAACUGAGCAUCGCUGGAGAGUGGCAGUGGGCUGGAGGCGAGAAUCCCCUUCAUCCAUUGUGUCGAGAUCUUGCCCUUCAAGCCUUAGGCCAAUCUUUUGAAGAAGGAUCGAGCAGGCGCGCAUUGGAUUACUACAACCAAAUAGCUCAGGAAAAGUACACAAUCAGUAUUGAUGCACUUGUUGGAGUUUUUGAGGCAUGUGUCAAUGAUGGACAGUGGCCUGACGCUGUGGACACACUCCUCUCAAUGAUUGCAAAAUCACCAUCGGAUCGAUGGGUUGUCACGACGGAAUCGCUUGCUAUUGAGGUAAUGGAGGAUUCUGCAGCGAAGUCGAUGGACCUCCUUACUCGUCUUGGUUCUUGCGUGGAAGUCACAAUGCGUGGCUGUAACUCAGACGGUCAGUUUGGGGUUGCCAUGGUGUGCUUGCGAUUGUUCCAAAUAUGGAUGCCUGCGGAUUAUUUACUGCCGUAUCAGGAAGCAAUGUCAUCUAAAGGACAUGAGCAUUCCGAGAACUCGCUUAUUGAGGCGAUAGCUCCUAUAAUCUGUGCCUUAAAUGAUGCUGAUGGGGUUCUCUCUGCAUCCAUGGUCGCCCUUUGCGGUCUUGGUUUGAACCAAGAGGCAUCAAAUUUAUUUAAGUUGGUAGAGGGCAUCUUGGUGUAUGUUGAUGGAAAGAUAGAAGUAGAUCGACUGGAGCAGGCUCGAGACCUUGUAUCUUAUGCAAACGAAGGUGCAGAAAGAUUCAAACCGACAAAGCUGCACGGGGGUUGGGAGGUGUCGUACAGGCACAUUCAUCGCCUGACAUCUGCAUGUUCAAUAUUAGUCCACAGUAAAUCCUGUCCCUCACAAGAAGAAAUGCGACUGCUUUCUACCGCUGCAGCUGUCGCUGUUCGAUCAUGUACCGUUGAGAAGCAAGCCGAUGCCGGUCUUGUUCUUCUAAAAUGGAUUGAAGAAACCUUAGCUUCACAUGCGGCGAGUCUUCGUUCACAUGAGUCUGCCCUCGCUUUGCCUCCAACUGACGCUCUACUAUCGGCGCGAAUGGGAGCGUACUUAUCAAUAGAAGAUGCCGACGCGGCUUUGGAAUUGUUUCAAAAUGAAAUCAAAAACAGCCAGGGGAUGACAAAGUGGAGACUUAGCACCUGCGAAGCUAUCACAGCAUUUUUUCGGGUAGGGCAUGCUUCUGACGCGAUGGACUUUUUUGGGAAGGUGGUCGCCGAAAAUAGAAGUCCUGAUAUCUUUUGUAGGGUUGCCGAAGGACUUGUGGACGAGAAGGACUGGGAUGGUGUUGCCAAGGUUUAUAAAUCGGCCCUGUCAUGUGGAUGCCUUUCAGAGGAACUUUCGAUUCUUGCAAUGAAAGCAGCCGCUGCUGGACGGAUAGACGGUAGAGUCCGUGUUUUCCGCAACAUUUUAGGCGAAACUGCUAAGUUUGUGGGGACACAACCUUUGGUGUGGGCAGUAGCAAAGUACUGGAUACUCAAGCGGGCCAUAGGGUUUCCAAAUAUUUGCAUUGUAAUGUGGUGGAACACUAGCAAUCCACAUCUCAACGAGGUAGAGCUUGC